AUGUCAGUUAACAAUAAGGAUAUUGCGUUAAGUGUUAUUCAUUUCUUGAAGCAAUCUGUUUCAAAAAAUGAAAUCCCGGAAGAUUAUGCUGAAUCAAUGGAUGUAGCCAUUGAUUGUAUCGCUGAUGCAUUUGAAGUCAAUAAGGACGACGACGCCAAAACCGUGGAAGCAAAGUUCGGCGGAAAGUCAUUAGCAACUUUGCUUAGUGCUUCAGGUAGUUCUAAGAAAGAAAGUGAACCAGUUGCUCCUGUUAAAGAGGCUGAUGCUGCCACGAAAGAAAAGGCGGAUGCAUUAAAGGCAGAAGGAAACAGAGCUAUGGCAAGCAAGAACUUCAGCGAAGCCAUCAGCAAGUACACUGAAGCCAUUGAAUUAGACGGCUCUAAUGUUGUAUAUUUGUCCAACAGAGCAGCUGCUUAUUCUUCUGCUUCCCAACACGAAAAUGCUGUGAAGGAUGCUGAAAAGGCAAUCGAAUUAAACCCUAACUUUUCUAAAUCUUACUCGAGAUUAGGUUUAGCCAAAUAUGCAUUAGGUGAUGCUACAGCUGCCAUGAAGGCUUACGAACAGGGUUUAGAAAUCGAAGGCGACAAAAAAUCCGAUGCUAUGACUAAAGGAUAUGAGACCGCUAAGCGUAGGGUCGAAGAAGAAUUAGAAAAGUCUAUUCCAAAAUCAUCUGUUGCAUCUAAUGACGAUUCAACUACCAGAAGUGCUGGUGCCGGUGCCGGAGCCUCUGGUAUGCCCGACUUAGGAUCUAUGUUUGGAGGAAAUGGCGGAGGCAUGCCAUCAUUUUCUGAUAUGAUGAACAACCCUCAACUCAUGCAAGCUGCUCAAAGCUUAAUGUCAGACCCGAAUGCCAUGCAAAACUUGAUGAGUAACCCUGCUGUUCGUCAAAUGGCCGAACGUUUCGGCGGCGGCGGCGGUGGUGAUGGCUCCGGUCCAGAUCUUUCUAAUUUAAUGAAUAACCCUAUGUUACAAAACUUAGCUGGCCAAUUCAUGGGUGGUGCUAAUAAUAACAAUAACAACAACAGUAGUGGUGACAAUAGCCAAAACUAG